AGAGUGUCGUAUGACUCACGUCAAUCAACGUUCUCACUAAAAGCGUCGGCUUUUGCAAGCGCCCUAGUUUCCUUAUAUGGCGUGUAUUUUAAAACAUUUCUGUUCGACCGAGGCUAUUCGGUGCGUUUUACACAGUUUGCUUACUUACUCUCCCCGUGCAACAUGUUCAUGUACGAGCCUCCUACAAAGCUUAAUCUUACUUCAGUAGAAGAGUUUCAGGAGGCAUUCCAACUGUUUGACUCCCGUGGGGAUGGCAAAAUCCAUGUGGCUCAAAUAGGAGAUGCACUUCGUGCCCUGGGGCAAAACCCAACUGAGUCUGAUGUCAAGAAGUGCACCUUGCAUCUGAAACCUGAUGAGAGAAUAUCUUUUGAAGUCUUUCUGCCCAUUUACCAAGCUAUUUCCAAGGCUAGGAGUGGUGACACUGCAAAUGACUUUAUUGAGGGUCUGCGUCAUUUUGAUAAGGAUGGUAACGGUUUCAUUUCAUCUGCCGAGCUGCGUCAUCUUUUAUCCACUCUUGGAGAGAAGUUGAGUGAUGAGGAGGUGGAGCAACUCCUGCAAGGACAAGAAGACUCCCAGGGGAACAUCAACUACGAGAACUUUGUGCAUCUUAUUAUGCAAGGUUGAAUCAAGCAUUGUGGAAUGUUUUACACUUAGUCAGAAAAAUUGUUAACAAUCACCUAUCCACUGCCUUGCAUUCCAAAUUAAGUUUUGUUUAAGUGAUAUGAUUAAUAAUAACUACACAAAAUUUUUUAUAUACCACAUUUUUAAAAUGAUUAGAUGCAUCUUUUUUUCUUUUCAUUAAUAGCUCAUUCUUUUCAUUUCUAUAUUCUAUUUUUCAAGUCAUUUCAAGUUACUCAUCAGGAAGUUAAUUAAAAAUUAAUUAAGAAAUUCCAUCUUCAAAGAUAUUGCUCUAUAUAUAGAAAUGUUGUAUAUAUUAAAAGUUGUACUGAAUAUUUUUUUCUGAUUGGUCGAACAAUUUUUUGAAUUAAUUUUUUAUCUUACUCGUCAUUUAUUGACUAAGUGUGAAAAUAUUUUUUUCUCUUGCAUUUUACAUAUAAUUAAUAAUAAAUGUAUUAGAAAUUAUGAUUAUCUUCUGAUUUCCUUUUUUUAUAUUUAAGUGC